UUGGUGAUUUUACAUUUAUUGUGAAAUUUAACUGCAUGCAGUUGUUUCAUUAUAAUUGUUUACCCCAAAUUAAUUGACAGUGAAAAAUGUUUGUGCCAUUUUAUGUACUUGUGUAUACAAAGUUUUUUAGCAUAUGAUUUCUUAUGGAAGGUUCGAGCUUUCAGUUUGUUCUUGUGCUAAACUCAAUGGUUUUGAUUUUUCCUAUGUUCAUAAAGAUGGUGAUAGGUGCUUGUUUCAUUCUUUUGAUUUUUGCACUUUCAUCAUCCCUCUUACAUAUAUAAUAGUGCUCCUUCUCCUCUUAUUAUCCAAAUUGGUGUGCAGCUACCUUUGCACUACAUAUGGCCCUAAGAUCCAGGAUCGAUCUGAUAACAACCGACACUCCUGAUUGGAUAUGUAAAGUCCAGAUUGUCGACAUCAAUCGAGAGAGAAAAAAGCCCUGAGAAGCAAAUCCUAUUCCAAAAUCUCCUUUUAGAAGAUGAAGAGAUGCUCCCACCUAUAUAGUGCUGCUAUAUACUAUCGUAUGCAUAGUUAUUAUAUGUUUGCCUCCAUUUUACCGAAGAUUCCAAAUAUACAGGGCCAACAAAUUAGGGCUGCUGUGUAUGAAGAUGACAUCGCAUAUUAUGCGGACAAGUUAGUCCUCCUCAACACCUACUUGAUCUCAGCUGCACGGGUAAAGGAUUCGCCAAAAUCAUAUGCUCGGACAAUACAUACAUUUUACUGGAUACUUGAUAAGGAAACAAUAGUUGAACGUAUCAACCCCAAUGAUGAGAUUGAGAAGCCUUUGCCACCGCCGACUAAGCUGAAUCUCACGCCUUUAGCCAAUGUUGCUCAGCUGACACCCAUUCCCUCUACAGAAAAUGGUCGCACUCAAAAUAGGUGUCGAAACAUCACCAUAGCUAACGAUCAUUGUGAAUCAGAAAAAGUUCUGCCACUGACUAUUGACCAGAGAAUUCCUAAGAAGGUCAGGCCACUUGCCACAAGCGAGAAGAAAAUGGAACCAACGAUAGUUAAAUCUGAAUCUUCAAGUGCUGCACUAGCACUUGAAUGGUCACGCUAG